UUUAUGAUAUGGAAUUAAUGUAGCUUCUCUAUUGCUGUGUGUUACUAUAUAAUAUACUAAUUAAUAUAGUAGUGUCAUUUAUGAUACAGAAUUAAAGUAGCUUACCUGUUACUAUGUGUUAUAAUAAUACCUAAUCGCAGUUAACAUAUAGGACCCAUAUAUUCAAGUUAAUGCUGUAAGAAGUAUUGGUAUAAAUAAAUGAACGUUGACGGACUGAUUUCCGGCCGUGGAAAGGUUAGAAUUUAAGUGCAGCCAGAGCAGAAGGUUGUGUGCAGGUUUCCAGUGAGUGUCUUGGGGUCACGUCUUCCUUGCUUGGUGUGUCGAGGACACUGAAAUCUUGCUUUCCAAAGUGAGACUGGGUUCGCAAGUAAGCAGCGAUGCUGUGUCAUGUGCGUCAUGGCAUGACAACGUGUAAGACGUGCAGAGUCGUCCUUUCUAAAGCUGAGUCUGGAUUUCUUGCAGAAGGACCUGCGGGCCCCUGACGUUGUCAUCGGAGCAGACACCAUCGUGGAAUGGGGUCCUUAUAAGAAGGGGAGAUCAGGACACAGACACACACAGAGGGAUGACCCUUUGAGGACACAGGGAGGAGACUGCCGUCUACACGCCCAGGAGAGAGGCCUCAAGAGGGACCAGCCCUGCUGACACCUGGAUCUCAGAUUCCAGCCUCCAGGACUGGGAGAAAUAAUGUCUGCUGUUUAAGCUGCCCCGUCUGUACUGCUCUCGGGCAGCCCCAGCUAAGACAUCUACGCUUAGGCGGUGGGAGCGAUGAUCCUGGAGAAGCCUGUGGACAAGCAGGACGCCUACCGCAUGCUGUCAAGGCUGAACGGGAAGGAGCACAGUGUGUUCACGGGCGUGGCCAUCGUCCACUGCUGCAGCAAAGACGGCCGGCUGGACAUGGAGGUCUCGGAGUUCUACGAGGAGACCACGGUGAAGUUCUCAGAGCUGUCAGAGGAGCUGCUGUGGGAGUACAUCAACAGCGGAGAGCCCAUGGACAAGGCUGGCGGCUACGGGAUCCAGGCGCUGGGUGGGAUGCUGGUGGAGUACGUGCAUGGGGACUUCCUCAACGUCGUGGGCUUCCCCCUGAACCACUUCUGCAAGGAGCUGGCACGGCUGUACUACCCGCCCCGCCCCGAGGACCUGCGGCGGGUCAGGCGCGACUCCAUCCCCGCCGUCGACACCUUCGAGAACCUGAGUGACUCGGAGGCAGGUGGCUCAGACCCAGGUCAGAGCGCCAAGGGCGGCCGUGGUGGCGAGCAGGCGGAUGGAGACCGGUCACAGGCUCCGCGCGCGCUGGAUGCAGCCCUUAACGGGGCGGACAGCCGGCCCCCGUUCCCCACAGGCCUCCUGGAGCUGAUGGACGGCUUCAAAGCAUCCAAGGUUCUGUUCACGGCUUGCGAGCUCAAACUGUUCGAUGUGUUAAAAGACCAAGGCCCCCUGCAGGCCGUGGAUGUCGCCCGCAAACUCAGCACCUGCGCGGGCAGGACUGAGCAGCUGCUGGAUGUGUGCGCGGCCCUGGGUUUACUGGAGAAGACGCGCAGAGGUUACAGCAACACGGAGGUGGCGACCCUGCACCUAGUGUCAGACGGCGAACACUCUCUCCAGGGCGUGGCCGAGUACCAUGACGCCCACGUCUGGGGCGUCUUCACACGCCUGGGCCUGGCCGUGCGGGAGGGGGCAGACCAGACCCGCGGGGCCCUGGGGGCGAUGGAGGAGGAACGCCUGUCCCAGAGCAGGGAGCUGACGCUGCAGUUCAUGAGGGCCAAGCACAGCCUCAGCAAACUGACCGCCCACCACGUGGCCACGGCCUUCGACCUGUCCCGAUUCGCCUCUGCCUGCGACCUGGGAGGCUGCACGGGCAUCCUGGCCCGCGAGCUCGCCCAGGAGUACCCGCGUCUGCAGGUGACGGUGUUUGACCUCCCAGAGGUCACUGAGCUCUCUGGGGGCUUUCAGCGUGGCGGACGACAGACAGAGCGGAUCCGCUUCGUGCCAGGUGACUUUUUCAAAGACAGCCUCCCGGAAGCAGAUCUGUACGUCCUUUCCAGAAUUCUGCAGGACUGGCCGGAUGACAAACUCCACAAGCUACUGAGCCGGAUCUCAAGCAGCUGCAAACCAGGCGGUGGCCUCCUGGUGGCUGAAGCGGCGGCAGAGGAGGAGGGGGCGUCGCGGAGCCCCCGGCUGCGGACCCUGAGCGCCGGGCAGCCCCGGAGCCCCGACGAGCACCGGCGCCUUCUGCAGCGACACGGCUUCCGGGACGUGCGGGUGGCGCGCGCGGGGGACCUGCUGUGCGUGGUCCUGGGCACCCGAGCUGCGCCCUGAGGGUCACCGGGGACCCGGCGGGCCCAGCACCCGGGAGUGAAGGGUUCCUGGAGAGCAGGUGUCACCGGACACAUUAGAGGAGGCGGAAAGCA